CCCAAAUUCUCUCCACUUUGUUUGGGAGAAAGAACAGAGUUCUACUCUUUUAACACUUCUGUUUACAGUGAGAGAUUUUAUCAGUUUUAUUUGAAUCUAAUUAUUUUUUUAAAACAAAAAUUUUAACAUUUUUCAUGAGUGAUUAGGAGACAGAAAAAGGAAUUAUAUGUCGUUUGUGAUCAGAGGUGUAAUUGAUCUGGCUUAGAGCUUCUGAAGAACUUUGCUUUUUUCUUUUUCUCAUUCACUGUUGUGUUGGUUCAAUUUUGUAGGCAAGAAAAGUGUCUCUUACCUUCUUCCAUCAUUUUUCUAGACCAAAAAGGAGGACUUGUUUUGGAGUGGAGUGCUUUGAGGCUUUUCAUGUGAAAAGGUUGUGUUUUUCUGAUUUGGUUGUAGAAUUUCUGGGGUUUUCUUGGGACUAACGAUUUUACCAGAAAUUUAAUUCUUGGUGUUGGUGGAUGUGAAGGUGAAAGGGUUUAGGGUUUAUCUAUUUUUGCCCCAAAUUGUUAAAGAUAUGAAGUUGGAAAAGGAUGUUAAAAGGGAGAGGGUCAUGGAUGGUUGCAUUAGUUCAGUGAGGAAAGUUCGAAUAGUUUAUGAUGAUCCUGAUGCUACGGACUCUGAGAGCGAUGAUGAUCAGAAUGCUGCUCGUUUCGAUAAAAAUGCGAACAGAAUCAAGCGUGUUGUUAAGGAAAUUGUUAUUCCUGUUGUUUCAUGGGAGAAUGAUUUUAAAAAAUGUUCUAAACUUGAUAACAUUAGGAUUAAAGAUUCCAAGAAGAUUCAUGAAAAUAAGAAGGUGCAGCUAAAAUCGUCCGCGUUGCCUAAAGGAGUUAGGAUGAGGAAAUGGGGGAAAUAUGCAGCUGAGAUCAGAGAUCCCUCGCAGGGGAAAAGAAUAUGGUUAGGGACUUUUGAGACUUUGGAGGCGGCUUCACAAGCAUACGAGGCAAAGAGGGCUGAAUUUGAUAGGAUUAUUUCAUUGGGGAAGGGUAAGAAUUUGAGCCCUGCUCCUGCUGAGUGUUCUAUGGCGUGUACGUCUCAUCCUAUAAAUGGGAAAAAUCGAGUGUACUCACACCCUUCCCCGUCUUCGGUGCUAGAUGUCCCCACAUCAUCAGCUGCUGCCCCGGUUGAGUCCAAUGAAAAUCUAACGAGAGAUAUGGCUCGAAUGCCAGAUUCAGGUUCUGAAGAUUUUAACUUGAGUUUUGAGGACCAAAUGCUUCAUGAAUUUAUCAAACAAAGACAGGGCAUUUCAGAAUUGAUCGAACAUCCUUUGAUAGAACAAGGCUCCAUUAGCAAUAGUGUUAUGGAGAUGACUGAAGUGAAUGUCAGGAAGAAAACGAAAGCCAGACAACCAACGAUAGCAAGUUGUAAAAUAUUAACAAAGGGAACUGAGGACCACAGCAAUGACAAGUCCAUUUUCAGUGUACUAGACGAGCCUACAAUCAUGUCUCCUAUUCAUACAGAGCUGCUUCACUUGAACAUCGAGGAAACAGCAGUUACGGGGAAUAGCUUGAAACUUCUAGGCUUUGAUGACAAUGCUUUAUUUGAUAAAGAUAUAUCACAAUUAUUUGAUCCAUAUACAGAUGCUAUAGGCUUGGACAACACUUUUCAAUGCUGUGAUGGUUGGAUUGAGUGUCUUUAUUGCAAAAUUUUCAAAGAUGAAGUCGACCUUGAUGAAGUUGACUUAAGAUGGUUAGAUGCAGUUUUGGUAUAAGAUCAAUCAGCUCCAUAAUUAUUAAGUUGAAGGGUGUGUUGUAAAGUCGAAAAAUGUGAGCAAUGAAAGGGGUGGUUCUUGGGAUUUUUCGCCUUUGCUCAACAGAUGUUCAUCUUUAAAAAGGAAGAGGAAAUUCUAUUCAUGUUACUAUCAAUAUAUUUGAGCAAUUGUGUAAUGCUUAGAUAUGUUACAUUAUGCACAUAAGUUUGUGGUUUUCUUUGAUUUCAUAUGUGGAGAAUCUGAAAGGUGUAAGGUAGAGCCCCUUGUUUUGCUUUUUCUUUUGUCUUUCAUUAGGGGACCUUUUCAUGUUUUCCAGAAAAGAACAUUAAAAUAAAAUCGACGCGAAUAUGUGUUUUGUAUGA